AUGUCGAAGAUCACAGUCGCUAAUGUCCGGACGCAAGUCGGAGAGCUCUUGGAGUACUCCAACGAGACCAAGAAGCGAAACUUCCUUGAGACCGUUGAGCUUCAGAUCGGCCUGAAGAACUAUGAUCCUCAGCGUGACAAGCGUUUCUCCGGCACCAUCCGCCUGCCCUCCAUUCCCCGACCCAACAUGUCUAUCUGCAUUCUCGGUGACCAGCACGAUAUCGAUCGUGCCAAGCACGGUGGUGUUGACGCCAUGUCCGCUGAUGACUUGAAGAAGCUCAACAAGAACAAGAAGCUCAUCAAGAAGCUUGCCCGCAAGUACGACGCCUUCGUUGCCUCCGAGGCCCUCAUCAAGCAGAUCCCCCGUCUCCUGGGUCCUGGUCUGUCCAAGGCCGGCAAGUUCCCCACUCCCGUCUCCCACGCCGACGAUCUGACUGGCCGCAUCAACGAGGUCAAGUCCACCAUCAAGUUCCAGCUCAAGAAGGUUCUCUGCAUGGGUGUCGCCGUCGGCAACGUCGAGAUGACCCAGGAGCAGCUUGUCGCCAACAUCAUGCUGGCCAUCAACUACCUCGUCUCUCUUCUCAAGAAGGGCUGGCAGAACGUUGGAAGCCUUACCAUCAAGGCUUCCAUGUCUCCCCCCAAGCGCCUGUACUAA